UUUCCGGAGGUGCAGGAUGCUCUUGGUAUCCUGGCUGGUGUGGGUCUUCCCUUUCAUUUUUCCCGGGUGAAGCUCGUGGGAGCACUGGGCUCAUCUUGGAUCUGUUUUUAUUCUUCUUUCCUUAGCAGAGCAGCAGUUUCAAACAGUUCCCUGCCCUGAAGCCCUUGUGGGCUUAACCUUUGGGGGGCUCCUCUAAUUUCCAAGGCAAGGGAGAGUACAGAAGGCUGCUCUUCUAGGCCUCGUAGUGGGCCCUUGCCUCAGGGAGCUGAUCGUCUCCAGGGUAGACUCAGGUCAGGCUAGCUGGUCCCAAUGGCCCCUUCUGGAGCCGCCUUGACAGGCGAGAGCGAAAUAGACCAGAUUCGUUGGUUCGAAGCCUGGAAGGGCCCAUUCCCGCUCUCUGGUCUGACCUCCUGCUGAACACGGGCUGGGGCACUUCCCCAGAUUCAUUCCUCCUUUGAACUAGAGCAAAAAUCCAGUCUUGAUUUUAAAAUUGCCCAUGAUGGAGAACCCAUCCCAGGCCUUGGUAAGUUGUUCCCAUGGCUAAUGACCUCCGUGGUUAAAACUUCGCCCCUUGUUUCCAGUCUAACUGGGUCAAGCUUCAACUUCCCACCGCGGGCUCUUGUUGCCGACGCCAGGAAGGGCCGAAGAGGGGUUGCCCGUAGAGAGAUGAGAUUGUGGUUAUUCGGUGUAGGCAACUGUAUGUCCAGGAGGUUCCAAGUGUAUUAACAGGAUGUUUAAAGUGUUAGUGCUGGGGGUCAGUGGACCUAGCUUCACUGAAGACAGCGGAGCGGCUGAGUUCAUUUAUACCAGGUGAAGCUUUGGCCCUCUUUUUGGCAGGGUGGUGCUGCAUGGGUGUCUCUUAGGUGUGGUUAGGUCGAAGCCAGAUUGAAGGCUUGGUGCAUAAAGGCUUCGCUUACCUGCCCCAACUGCGUUUGUUUGACUUAAACUGGUUUUACCUGAUUGAUUAAAUCGGUGCAAAAGGCUGUAUGGACCCUGUUCUGUCGGUUUAAACUGGGCUCAUUUUGGUUUCGCUUACGUCGGUUAGGAAUCAGUUCAACUCAGGCCUAGAUGAGCCACUGUUAAACCAAAAUAAGAAUGUCCACCCUGGUAGGCACUGGCUUAACUAAAUUGGUUUAAAAACCAGUUUAAGUUAAACCAGUGCAAUUGGUGUGUGUAGACAAAGUCUAGGUUCCUGAAGGGAUGCUAUCGUGAAGAAGGGAAGUGCCUCCCCUUUGGCUUUGGAGGUCUGCUCUUUAGUUUGUGUCCAGUUCUUCCCCCCCUGAGCCUUGAGUUUGUGGCUGCUUCGGAUUCGUUUGCACUGGAGGGUGCCCAGUUGUAGACAUUGGUGUAGAUUUGCCACUGCAGAUUUCUAGCCUAGAUUGGCAAAGCCGCUGAAAGCCGUGAUUUGCAGCUGGAUCCCUCUUGCGAGCAGGGGUGACUCUACCAUUGCCAAGUGUGGUGUACAGCAGUUUUGCCUGUCUGCCCUAGGGGCUUUCUCUGGUGACUGAGAUCCCCAGGCCUUCAUGUGGGUGAAAAUAAACGGCAAAGGUUGAGGAUGUGUGCUUCGAGCCAUCCUGCCAGCUUUGCUCUCUUGUCCUAAGGUCGAGAGGCCUGAAUCAACAAGAUUCCUGCUCUCCAGGAACAGCAAACAUUUCAGAGGGCUCCCUCGUCCCUGUUACAAGGGUCAGAAGAGAGGCCACAGGUGAAAAUGGGGGAAGCCAAAGGAAAACAUUUAGGGCAGUGGCUGUCAGUUGCUUCCACUCUGAGACCCCUCCACGCUUCUAUUUAGCAAUAUGGGAAGGGCAGCGUGGUCCCAACCCUGGGGCACCCCCAGGGUCCUUAAAUCAAGAACCCGCAACUUUGCAGGGCAGUUUGGGGUUCCCCAGUUCCUGUGCCUCCAUAAUGUUAUGGAACUUAAUGUAUACGAAACAAACCCCAGGCUCCUGUAAUUGUCAGAUUUUCCUGCGUUUUGCUUUGUCAAACUGUUGACGUUGCAACUUGAAAGCUGGAGAAACCCUCCAAGCUCUUCCCCAGAAUAAUGGACUAUCUCAGCUGCUGCCAGUGGGUAGCCUGACUGCGGGCUGAUAAAGGGUCUGUUUUUUUAGAGGUGUGGUGCACGUGGCUGGUUGGCUUCAAUGGGAACCUGGGGUGCUGGUGCCGGAGGCCUGCAGCUCCUUCGAGUUAGAGGCACUGAGCCCUCCUGCAAAGCGAGUGCAGGGGCAAAGGCAACAUGCAGGAAGCAAAUCUUCCCCUGGCCUGGUUUACAGAAAUGAGGAAGCAAGGCUGUUUGUUUUGGAUUCCAUUCUGGUCACUGGCAGGGGUGGGGAACUGCCCAGGUUUAGCGGGAGGAUGUGUCUGAGGGACCCUGUUAGUCACUGAGGUUUGAGAGGCUUUGUACCGAACCCGUCUUUCCUCCACUAGGUCCCUGUCUGGGGCGAGGUAUGGCUGAGGAAUACCUAGAAAACUGCUUCUCGCUGACGUUUUACCCUCUCUUCUCCCCUUUCCCCUCCCCCAGCAAGAGUAAAUCAACCCCGGGCAGCCCACGCACCAGAGACCCGUUCCUCUGCUGAGUCAGUAGGAGGAAUGGGACCCGGCAGUAGUGUAACCAGCCAUGCAGUAGCUGCUGCCCCAUGGAGGGGGGGGGGGCAUAUCUGAUGAGCUCCCCCAUGGGUGAGGGGUGGCUCGAGAUAAGCCGACUCACUCAAGCGCAACACCCAGCCUCCCCCCACCACCUAGCUCCUGCGGCAAGCCACGGAACUGCACAGAGCACUCACAGGGAGCAGAGACACAGCAAGGGCUCUGGUGGAUUUGCUUACAAACCUAAACAGCUGUUUUGCUGAUAGCUGCCUCCUCCCCCAGACAGAAAAGGAUCAGCCAGACUUUAUCCUGGGUAUCGGUACUAGGGGGGGUUGGUCUUCCAGAGGGGCUUAAUCCACUUGGAAUGGGGUGGGUGUUGUUGUGUUGCUCUGUCUGCUCCCAUCUCCAGCGCAGGGGCCUGCGCGCGUGCGGAUGUCUCAUUUCUGCACAUCCAGGCCCAAUUGUGGCUCCACCGCGGCAGGUCACGUGCAGUCUCUAUUGUCACUGACUAGCCCAUUUUUCUGAGCUCUCCAGGCGUGUCUGAUGUCGAAGCGAGCCCUGCGCUUACAGCCUGUUCUGUGGUUGCACAUGCUUAAUACUCACUGGGCUAUUGCGGCCCAAGAGGUUCGCCUUUCUCCCCCUCCUGCGUCGCUCUGGAGCCGAGCCCCGGCAAUCUUGCAGCUGUAGCAGUGGGGGCGCCUGUGUGAUCCAUUGCUGAGCCUUUACGGCUCCGGGGAGCAGCUUUUUAUCUCUGUAGCGCUUCAGGCUGCUUAUCGGCUGCAUGGUAGGCAGGACCUCCUGUCUCACUUGCUCUGGUGGGGAAUUCAUACCGUGGAAUGGCAGGAUACUUCCCACCCUAUGUGGGAGUUCCCUGCUGGACGUGGAGGAAGCCAAUAGCUGUGUGCUAAGAUCUGUCUUCAGUCAGCAAAAGGCACCUGGCUGCAUGUUUGGCUGGGUAGGGAAGCCAAGGCCUGCCCUGUUACAAAGGCACAGCUCCCACUGGCUUCUCCGGGGGAAGCACCCGCGUAACUGGGGGCAGAACUGGGCCCUGGCUUAAACUAGAGUGUUGUCUUGUGAUUAGAACAGGAGGGAAGGGAGCUGGGACUCCUGGGUUCUCCCCAACUCGGGGAGGGGAGUGGGAUCUAGUGGGUUAGAAUGGGGGGGGUCUGCUGGACUUGCUGCCUUCCUGGGGCCCUCCUAGGACCCCUCCCCUACUGAAUGCAGCCGUGGCAGGCUUCUUCCAGCUGGCUGGUCCCUGGGAUACAAGCACCCGCAGCCACACGUCUCGCCAGUGAGCCAGAGCAGCGAUGUUCCUUUGACGCCAUCAGGCCCCGAGACCCCCGCAGCACUGCCCCGAGUCCUGCCGGAGAUCGGCCCACCCUUUCCUUACAAACACUUCCCUCUCUCCUUUCAGGCCCUGGCGAGAUGUCUCUGUGCCAGUGUGCGGGGAAGCACAGCGACUCAGACAUGGAGGGCUGCUGCUUCUCGGCGGGUGGGGGCCUGAAGGUGUACCUGCACUGGAGCGGCGAGGAGGAGGAGCGGUGCCAGACCUACACGCAGGGGGUGCUGAGCGCAGAGGAGAUCUGCAUGGACAUUGCCCAGAAAAUCGGGAUCACGCCGCUCUGCUACAGCCUCUUCGCGCUCUGUGAUGUGCAGACCAGAGUCUGGCUCCCUCCCAACCACGUGUUUGAAAUCAGCAAAGACACCAACCUGAACCUGCUCUUCCGCAUGAGGUACUACUUCCGCAACUGGCAUGGGAUGAGCGACAAAGAGCCGGCCGUUUACCGCAACGUUCCCCGGCAGAGCGACACCCUCGAGGACAAGCUGCAGGGCGGUGCGCUUCUGGACAAGUCGUCCUUUGAGUAUCUCUUUGAGCAGGGGAAAUACGAGUUCAUUAAUGACGUUGUGUCUCUGAAAGACCUUCAGAGCGAACAGGAGAUCCACCGGUUUAAGAACGAGAGCUUAGGCAUGGCUGUCCUUCACCUCUCUCACAUGGCUCUCCAGCGAGGCGUCUCUCUCGAAGAAGUGGCCAAAAAAACCAGCUUCAAGGGCUGCAUCCCGCGCUCCUUCUGCCGGCAAAUCCAGCAGAACAACUACCUGACCAAGUUCCGCAUGAGGAACGUCUUCAGGAAGUUCGUGCAGCGCUUUCAGCGGCACACGGUCAGUGCUGGGAAGCUGACGGAGCAGGACGUCAUGUACAAGUACCUGGCCACCUUGGAGAACUUGGCCCCCCGCUUCGGGAGCGAGCUCUUCCCGGUCCUUUCCCUGGAGACGGCCUCUGAGGGCGAGAAGGGCCUGCUCUAUAUCAACGGAGGGCCCGUGCAGCUGGAGGACAGCUGUGCGUCGUCUCCCAGGGACAGGCCCGCCACCCACGAAGUCCUGGUCACCGGCACGGACGGGAUUCAGUGGCGGACUGUCCCUGUUGAGAGUGCAGAAAGCCAUCCCCACCGGGGCUAUUUUGGGAGGAAGACCAAGGCCAAAGAGCUGGACCCCAAAGGGCCGUGUCAGCCAGUGGAGAGGAGCGAGGCCAAGUGGGUGCGCUUCUGUGACUUCCAGGAGAUCACGCACAUUGCCCUUGAGGACUGCAAAGUCAGCAUCAACCGCCAAGACAACAAGUGCCUGGAGCUGGUUCUCCCAUCAUACGAAACGGCCUUGUCCCUGGUGUCGCUGGUGGACGGCUACUUCAGGCUCACGGCCGACUCCAGCCACUACCUGUGCCACGAGGUGGCCCCGCCACGGCUGGUGAUGAGCGUCCUGAACGGCAUUCACGGGCCAAUGCAGGAGGAGUUCGUCUUCGCCAAGCUGAAGCGGGAGGAGCAGGAUGGGUUGUACAUCAUCCGCUGGAGCAUCCUCGACUUCAACAGGCUGAUCCUGUCGGUGGUGAAGAGGGACCGAGGCCAGGCCACCCCCAAGUAUAGGCAAUUCCGGAUCCAGAAGAGAGGCGGCUCCUUCGUGCUGGAGGGCUGGGAGCGAGAGUUCUCCACCGUGCGGGAGCUGAUGGACGUUCUCAAAGGCUGCACGCUCAAGUCGGGAGAUGAGAGCUUCACCGUGAGGAGGUGCUGCCCACCGAAGCCGGGAGAGAUUUCAGACCUGAUCAUCGCCCGGAGGGUGAAGGACAGCACCAGGCAGAUCCUGAACUUGACCCAGCUCAGCUUCCACCAGAUCCGGAAAAACGAGAUCACCCAGAGAGCUCACCUGGGCCAGGGCACCCGCACCAACAUCUACGAGGGUGUGCUUCAUGUUUGCGGGGGUGCUGGCGGGGACGACGAGGCCGAGUACUUCUCCACCGAGCAGAACAACAACAGUCGGGAGAUGCACGUGGUACUCAAGGUGCUGGACCCCAGCCACAGGGACAUCGCCCUGGCGUUCUUCGAGACGGCCAGCCUCAUGAGCCAGGUCUCGCAUAUCCACCUGGCCUUCGUGCACGGCGUCUGCGUGCGGGGCUCCGAGAAUAUCAUGGUGGAGGAGUACGUCGAGCACGGCCCCCUGGAUGUCUUGCUGCGGAAGGAGAAAGGCCGGGUGACUGUCGGCUGGAAGAUCACAGUCGCGAAGCAGCUCGCCAGCGCCCUGAGCUACUUGGAGGACAAAAACCUGGUGCAUGGCAACGUGUGCGCCAAGAACAUCCUACUGGCCAGGAAGGGGUUGGAGGAUGGGUUGCUGCCUUUCAUGAAGCUCAGCGACCCUGGGGUCAGCUUCACGGUGCUCUCCCGAGAAGAGCGAGUGGACCGGAUCCCCUGGAUCGCCCCGGAGUGCGUCCAGGAUGUCGGCAGCCUCAGCACCGCAGCCGACAAGUGGAGCUUCGGCACCACCCUGCUGGAGAUCUGCUUUGACGCGGACGUCCCGCUGAAGGAGCGCACCCCCUCUGAGAAAGAGCGCUUCUAUGAGAAGAAGCACCGCCUGCCCGAGCCGUCCUGCAAGGAGCUGGCCGCCCUGAUCAGCCAGUGCCUGACGUACGCCCCCAGCGAGCGGCCCUCUUUCCGGACCAUCCUGCGGGACCUUACCCAGCUGCAGCCGCACAACCUCGUCGAUGUCACCUCUGUGAGCCCCGACUUCCCCAUCUCAGACCCCACAGUCUUUCAGAAACGCUACCUGAAGAAGAUCCGAGAACUGGGGGAGGGUCACUUCGGCAAAGUGAGCCUGUACUGCUAUGACCCCACCAACGACGGCACCGGGGAGAUGGUGGCCGUGAAGUCGCUGAAGUCCGGCUGCAGCCAGCAGCUUCUCACCAGCUGGAAGAGGGAGAUCGAGAUCCUCAAGACCCUCUACCACGAGAACAUUGUCAAGUACAAGGGCUGCUGCAGCGAGCAAGGGGAGAAGAUCGUGCAGCUCAUCAUGGAGUACGUGCCCCUGGGCAGCCUGCGGGAUUACCUGCCCAAGCACAAUGUCAGCCUGGCCCACAUCCUCCUCUUUGCCCAGCAAAUUUGCGAGGGCAUGGCUUACCUGCACUCCCUGCACUACAUCCACAGGGACCUGGCUGCUAGGAACGUGCUGCUGGAGAACGAGAACGUGGUGAAGAUUGGUGAUUUCGGACUGGCCAAAGCCAUCCCCGAAGGGCAUGAAUAUUACCGCGUCUGCGAGGAUGGAGACAGCCCCGUCUUCUGGUACGCCAUGGAGUGCCUGAAGGAGUGCAAGUUCUAUUACGCCUCCGAUGUCUGGUCCUUCGGAGUCACUCUCUACGAGCUCCUGACACGCUGCGACUCCAGCCAGAGCCCCCCUGUGAAAUUCAUCGAGAUGAUUGGCGCGACUCAGGGUCAGAUGACUGUGCUGAGGCUGAUCGAGCUGCUUGACAGGGGGAAGAGGCUCCCAAGCCCGAAGGACUGUCCUUGUGAGAUAUAUUGCUUAAUGAAAAACUGCUGGGAAUCCGAAGCUUCCUUCCGCCCAGCGUUCAAGAACCUCGUCCCCAUCCUGAAGAACUUCCACGAGAAAUACAAGGCUCAGGCCCCCUCGGUCUUCAGCGUGUGUUGAGUGGGAUGCUUGGGAACUUGCUCGGGGAAGGACCAUAGCUGUCUUCAGCUGGAAACUCUCUGGCGGAGAGGCCACUCUGAAGUGCUGGGGAGGGUUGGGACUUCACUUGCUGCCUCGGUGCCUGCUGCUGCACGGCACCGUCCUACUCGAUCCAGUAGACCGUGUCGUGGAGUCCAGGGAACCUGCCCUGGAAGCAGAGAUGCUGGCGAAGCUUCUCUUGCCACUUCUGAAGUACGGACCUGCUGCUUUGGCCUGGAUUCCUAGGCUCUCCAGGCAGGUGGAUUUUAAUCCUGGAAAGUGGUUUCCUUCUAGGCUAGGCAGCUCGAGGAAGCUGUGGGGCUGUCUAGCAACCAGGCCAAACUGCCUUCCUGGCGCAUCUCAUGGAACCUCCUGGCUUAUGUCAGCGCUGUGCAGUCAGAGCCCUGUGCGUGUUGAAAGGGGCGGACGUGUGAAAAAGCCUCCGUAGAGCCGAACCCGCUGCAUCCCGGGCCGCCAUCAGGAACUCCUAACGCCUUUGCAGGGAGCUGUGAGGGCAGAGGCUGGAGCUUGAGGGGUGGGUACUGCUAUGAGUACAGGCCUGAAUUUAGCUCUGUAACGCUGCAUCUAGGGUAAGGGGAGGGAGGGGGUGCACGGUUAAGGCCGCUGCCGAGUGAGGGCUCGAAGCAUCGUUUAAAAAGGAUACAAUGGGCCCACGCCUGUUCCCUCCUCCAGCCGGACAGGGGCUCCCAACCUGCCCUGCUCUGUGGUGCUUUUGCAGCUCAGGGGAACGGGCCUCUCUUGGGCCUGUCCCCUGCCUGUUCUUCACUGAUGCUUUGGUGGUUGAGCUUGGGAAAGCUCUGGCCCAUCCUCCAGCUUCUUGUGAUCUUGCCCGGUUUGUACCAUGAAGCACCACCGUGCCUGCUUCUGCUGGCAACCCCCGAGCACCAGCAGAGGUGCUCUACCCCGGGACAGCGGCUGGCUUCCCAUCGAAAGGCCCCUGAGGGGGCUGCCCUCUCCGCACUGCCUGCUAGGCUUGGCUUUCUCCAGCGCAGACCCCUCUCGCUCCACAGCAGCUGACCAUGGCCUCUGCUGGCCCUUCAGUCAGAGGCCUUUUCUUUGCUCCGGGGUAGCCCUUCGAUGCACUCCUGCAGCCUUGGCUGCCGCCCAGGGGGCAACAAGGGGAGGUCCUGUGCCCCACUGUAAGGGCUGUUUGGGGUCCAGAGGGAGCAUGUGUUGGCUACUGCCCCCAUUCACGGAAACCUCCCUGAACAGGCAGCAGCUGCCCCAGCCUGGCCGUCUGUCUCUCGAACGCCUCAGUGAGACGUCCUCCUGGGACGUACCGAGGCCGUUCACUCUGCUGCCGCCGUCCACAUGCCAACCAAAGUUUUUUCCUGCCUCUCCUCUCCCAGGGACCACGCACUGUGAAUUAGAUCAUGUGGUUGGGGGAGGGGGCUGGAGUCGUCUGGCCUUAAACCAAAUCCGGAUCAAAAGACAAGAACUGCCUUUAUCUGCUCACCAAAUCACAGUCCCACCCUGUCCUCUGGCCACCUAACGCCAGCGUUAGCGGAACUAGUCCUGAAAAAGCCAGUUAGCCCUUAAGCCCUGGUUGUGGGGCCGUGUCUAGAGAAGCAGGGCAAACACCAUCCAGUCGAAUGCCCUCUUCCUCAACAACAGGGACUGCUGAGGUCACGUGUGCUCGUCUUGAUGUCUCAGAUUGUCUCCAUGCGCUGCAGAGACGGCUGCAUUGCCACUUUCAGCUACGUUACAAAACCUGGUGGAGGGACGGCUCAAGCCCCGAAUGAACAAGGCCUUAGCUCCAUGCGCUGCCAACAUCCACUCCACCAGCAGGCCUGUAGCCUUCAGUGUUAGUUGCUCACUGUCUCACCUGAAUGCCUGGAAUGUAUUUUGCGAAGGAAAUGGGUCUGAGCUGUACCCAGCCCAUCUGACUCUGCAGAACAUUUGGGGUCUGUUGGUUCUCUCUUCUCGCCAGGGAUGAUCCCCGGCUUUGAGCAAGUGAACGUUUGUGGUACUUUAUUACUAAUGAAACAUCAGCAGUUGGCUGUCUCAGUUGGUUCUUCUUUCAAAUGUGAUUCUGGGAGUCCGCUAUCCCUCCAUCUCUUGUAGCCACAGGCUAGAGAGCAGGUGAUAUUGCCUGGUGCUCAGCCUCUGAGCCGAACGGAUUUCAGUACGGUCAAGGAGCCAAAGUCAAUAUGUUACCUGCACCAACGGAAAUAAAGUCACUCAAGCGCCGAUCCUGCUGACCCUGAGGUGUUCGCAGUCCACGAAGGACUCUGGCAUUGGAGCAGCCAGAGCUGCUCCCACUUCCUUCCCUGCCAGCUGGGCUGCAGCUGGGAAGGGACAUCAGCAGCUCCAAGGGCACGUGGCUGUAGGUCAGACCUGCUCCCAUGGUCUCCCAUAUUAAUGGGGCCAAUGCUUCAGUUUAAUAAACCCAGGACACGGUCAGGGAAUACUCUUCCAAUUCAUAAUCAGAUGUGUUUUCUUAACACAUUGAGGGCUACAGAUUGGACACCACUGGCCAGCUACCGCAUUGGACAGCUGUGGUCCCCUGACCUCUCUUCUAGGAGGCUGCUACGUAAGGAAAUCUUCCUUUAGUAUUUGUAACAUACCUCUAGUCUUGCCUUUGUAUCUUGCCACUAUAUUUCCACGUACACAGCUCUUCCCCUGACCAGUCUCUCGGUCUCCAAAGGCUUAUUCACUCCUGCCCUGGACAUCUAGUGAGGAAUCUUCUAAUGUGACCAAUUUGUUGGGUUGGUUCAAAGUAAAUAAAAGGCUUAGGAAGAGACUUGUGUGUAUAAAAAGUGCAAUGUUUUUGUAAAGGAAGGAGGAUCAUUUUGUCUGAGUUAGCAAGGGUCCCUCUUUCUAGAGGGAGGCCUUGGCUUUAUUGUUCCUAAAAUUAUGCUGUUAAACUGUAUAAUGGUUGAUUUCCCCACCCCUUAUUUAUUGUUGUCUGCUAUGUAAAUGUCACUGAAAUCACCUCUGCAGUGAGCCAUGUGCCUGGAGUAUGGAGCAACGCUGCCUGCCUCGUGGGGCCAUCCUGCGCCAUGGUCUGCGUGUCGACCUUUACGCAAAAAUGGACUUCAGCAAUGUGCCUUGCAUCUUGCCGCUGUGCUGGAGCUGUGACUCCCUCUCUCCCCAGGGAGCAGGGAUGACUGGCCAAAGCGCCUGUGUGUACAGAGACUUGUUUUCUAUUGGACAGUGGGAGAUGAUUAUCUAAUGUGAACGUCCCUGGUCUCAGUGCUAAUCUACUACUGGCUCGUAUAACCUGUAGCUGGUAAUAUCCCUGAACUUUUCUUCAAAUAAAUUACUCUGUCCAGUA